AUGGCCGACCCGGGAGCGUCCACCGUCCAGCAGCAGCUGUACCCCCACCCGCCGCCCUACUUCAAACUAUACAGGGGGGAUGCGGAUGGAAGCGCAGAGCGGCCCUUCCCUCCCCCUCCGCCCCCUCCAGUGUCCGGGGAGUACGUCCUGUUUGGAGAGGUCCACACGUCAGAGGCUGGGGAUCCGCCACUGCAUGCCGCACAGCUGUACAAUCAAGCGGCCGACGGCAGCAUAGACUUCAAAGCAGAGCUGCACGCUCUGCACGGCGAGCUCAUCGCGGGGAUCUGCGAUCUGCUGGGUGCGCUGGAGUCCCAGCCCUCGACCUACGCUCGCAGCGUGGAGGCGCUGGGCGUCAUCCUGAGGAACAUGCAGCACCUCUCGCGCCUGCUCCGCCCCUUCCAGGCUCGGGAGACUCUCAUCGCCACGCUGCAGGAGGAGGUCGCACACCGGAGAGCCUGUGCCACCGAGCUGGACAAGCUUGCCCAGGAGGGCGCGGCGUCUGGCCACGUCCAACUCCUGAAGGAUGCACUGGUGUGA